UUGAGGGAUAGUGGCCAUAGUGGGCCAGAGGCACAAGUUAAGCUUGGGGAAGGAAGCUGCUGACCAGCAGACCACAGAGAUGGUUGGGAAUGCACAGUGAGCUAAGAGGCAAAGGACGCUCACUGCCUCUGAUCCCUUCCGGCCUUCUGGCUGUCAGCAGCCACUGGGAAUGCGGUCUCUAGCCAGAUGUGUUGUAACUACUUCAAAAUGUCAGGGCAUUAGGUAUAUGAGCCUAGUGUGUGCACAGUGGUAGCUGUCAGCUGUCAAGAAUGGAAGGCAGAGAGAUGGCAGGCAGUGGGUGGCAAGGCUGCCAGUUAGUAAGAGAGACAGUUUUUAAAGUCACUGACUUAAAUGCAUGAACUAGACAGUCGACUCUCCUCUGCUUUAUCAGAAGUGUUCCCAUUUUCACAGGUCCUGCCUGCAGAUCACACUUGUUUCUAACCUAGAUGGAUUCUUCCCAUAAUUUACAUUCAGUUUGUGUCGCUUGUGUGGUUAAUUUCUCCCAUAAUUUCAGUUCAUGGCUAUCAGGUGUUGGUCACUGUCUCAGUUUUCAUGGCUGUUUUAAAGUCUACGGAAUGAUGACUUUUACAGAAAGGAAGAGAUUGCUUUCAUCCUACAAAGUCACAGGGUACAGGAGUUGAGCAUAGCAGAUAAAGGUGUGGAGUGUGGUUGUGAAGAAUUAUUUGAAGCUCCUGGGUUUCGGGUUUCUUCUGACUCCCUGAGGACUGUAUACUAGGGGCUUUCAGUGCUAAGUGGCAAUUGUGGGAGGCGCGGGGUAGGGAGCAUGGUGAGAUGGGGCCUCUAGGUGGGGCCCCUAGAAGGGCUCUGUGACCCUCACCUCCCUCUGCAUGCUUCUGCUACAUGCACCUGCUGGAGGCUGUCACAGCUUUUCCCUGUGGAACUGACCACAGCUGGACUGGAGUUUGUGGAAAGUUGAAGCCUUGCAGGGCAGGUGGGACUGGAAAAGUGAAGGUGGGUUCUGCCCAGCAGCUCAGAACCUGGGCCAGAUUGGAGUCUGGAGAUCAGGGGCCCUAAGCACAGGUUAGACCUACAAGUGCCUGGCUUACCUGCUGCCUGGCUGGCAGGGGAAAGGGGUCUAUCUCCUUUAGACCUUCAGGGCUUCAUGAGGGUUUUUUUUGUUGCUGCCCCUCCCCGCAGCUGUUGGGGGCGUUUGAUUUCUGACAUGAAUUAUGUCAUCACUGCUGAGGAGCAGGAAGUGGGAUUUUUCUUUGCUAUAUGGGUUGGUUAACCCUAGUCUGGAAAUGGGAGAUGGGAAAUGCUCCAAAAGGCAAAACUUGUGAGCGCUGAGAUGCCCUGUGUAGAGAAGUCCACAUAAGAGCUCCUGUGAUCGCUUGCAGUCCAAAUGCCGUCAAAGAACACUGUAAAAGUUACCUUCGGCUAGGUGUAUAAAGAACAAAAUAUAGAUGAAUCUCUGUUUAGACUUGAGUGCCAUCUCUAAAAUAAUUCAUUAUGUACAUGAGAACAUUCAAAAUUAAAUAUUCAAAGCACGUCCGACUCUGUGAUAAAGAGCACUAGACCUUGGCAACAAGCUGGCCUUGUAGCCGUUGUCCUCCUCUCAGUGCCACCAUGCUGGAGUUCCAGGUUCCCAGACAGUCCUGUUAACUGUCACAGCAAAUAGGGAUGGCUGUGCACUAAGGAGUGUGAUUUUCAUUCCUAUGGUGACCUUGUUUCUAAAAUGUGGCUGGUGGCGCAUCUUCCUGGGUGCCCAGCUAGCUGCAGUACUGUCCCAGUAACUGUUAGACCCAGGCCAGGUCCCACCGUAUCUGCACUGCCUGCUCCCAGUGUCUACCAGGAGACCCAUGUGGCUCACUGAGCUAAGGGACAGUUUGGGUGGGCCUUGUUGGCAUGGAUGCAGCCAACCCCCCCGGAGACUGUGCCCACAGGUGCCCAUCAGCUUCAAGGACUUGGCCGUGCGGUUCUCUGAAGAAGAGUGGCGGCUCCUGCAAGAGGGGCAGCGGGAAUUCUACAGAGACGUGAUGCGGGAAAACUACGAGACGUUGGUGUCUGUGGGGACCUCUGAGCUGCUUCCUCUCUCUGCUUUCCUGUCACCCUCGGGGCCUGGAGGAGCCACAGCAGGAGAGAGCCACCAUGAUAAGGGACAAGAACCCCCAGUGGAGCAUGGUUCCCAGGGAGGGCAGCCCCAGCAGAGCCUGCACCUCACCGCCCUAGUGCAGCUGGUAAAGGAGAUACCGGAGUUCCUGUUUGGAGAGGUGAAGGGCACUGAAGACUACUCUGAGAGUGGAAGCACCAGUCUGGAAGGGGAUCGAGCGACCCCUGAGGUAGCCGGGGCUGUGGACACUUACCCUCCCCGCGGCCUGCUCAGUUCUCUUCCGGAGAGCCCUGCAAGCCACCCCAGCCUGGCCGCCACACCCACAGGCAGCUCAUCUUCCAGCGGCCCUCCUGGAGACUGGGCACAAGAAAGCCCCCUACCUACCAUAGGAACUGCUGAUAGCCCACUGUCUAUAGAGAAGGAAGGCUUAGGAGCCUCAGGAGAGCCUUCCGUUCAUCCCACUCAAAGCCUGGACCAGAGCAAGAGCCAUCGAAGACAGGAUAGAGACAGCACAGGAACAGGAACCGCUCCUGAGAACAGUCCCUUGCAAGGCCUCAUCAACUGUCUGAAGGAAAUCCUUGUGCCCGGGCCCCAGCACCGUGGGACAGCCCCAGACUUGCCACCUUCUCUCCCUGGCCUGAGUGUGUUGAAGCAGACCAGAGCCGAGGUGGAGUCAGGGAGCCUACCCUGCCCAGUGAAGACGGAGCCAGUAUCUGGGGAUUGUCCCCUUCAAGGACUGCUGAACUGUCUGAAGGAAAUCCCAGAAGCCCCAGACAGGCGUCCCAGCCCCUCAGGAGCAGGGAACGUGCGACUGCAAGAGGAUCCAGGGAAAAGGAAUUCUGGAGGGAUGAGAUGCCCCCAGACUCCUCCUCUCCGCCGGAGUCAUGGAGCUGGAAAUAUGCUUGCCAUGGUGAAAGUAGAAGAUAGCUGGGCUCAGAGUCCCCCAGCGCCAGCAUCCUGCCAGCUUAGCAGGCAAGGCCACAGUCCCUAUUUCACUGGAGAUACCAGAGAGGUCCGUGUACCCCGCUGGGGCCCCAUGACUCUCGCCAGCAGGACCUCAAGCUCACCACUAGAAGCUCUAGAGGCCUGUCUAAAGGGCAUUCCUCCAGGUGGGUCAUCACCUCUUCAGCCGCUAGCCACCUCAUGGUCCAGAAGUCCCCAGCCAGGAGAUUCUGGAUCUCAGAGGCUUGAACUACAGCCACAAGGAUCCCACAGUGAAGAAGCUACGAGAGAGCCACUUCUACCUCUGAGCUUGCAGGGCUGCAUGAGAGAGGGACCUGGGAUUCAACCCUCUGGUCCCCAGGGCACCCCUACCAGCUUCUCCUCAGCCAGCAGCAGUGAUGGGGAUCUGGAUUUCAGGAGCCCCAGGAACAAUCUGGGGCAACGACUUGGGAAAGGAUAUCCACCAGGAAACUCUCCACUCCAAGGCCUGGAGAACUGUCUGAGAGAGAUCCCAGUUCCCAGGCCACAGGCUGCCUGGCCUUGUUCCUUGACUGUAGACAGGGGGUUGAAGAGACCAGAGCCCAGGAACUGGACUGCAGACAGAGAAGGACCAAGGGGCGAGGCCUGUGAACCACCCCACCUCGGACAGGGUCGAGGAGACGCACCCAGCAGGAGUCUCCGUCUAGGCAGUCCACAGAUGACUGCCAGGCCAGGAACGUGGCAAUGGCCAAAAGAUGAGACAGCCACCAUGCCCUCCCCUCUGCACUGCCUGGAGAGCUCUCUAAGGGGGAUCUUGCCCGUGAGGCCCUUGCGUUUCACCUGCGUAACUGGCCCUGCCCCCAGUCCCAGCCCCUGCUCCAGCUCCAGCAUCAGCAGCUCUGAUGGAGAAGACCUAAGGCCAGAGCCUGCAUUCUGGCAGCCACCCCUCCAGAAGAGAGACCCCCUUCCCUCCAGUAAGGGUCCUGGCCCUCUGUGCCCUGUCUCUGGAGCGUCUCCAAGAGUCAACAACAGUAGUUGUCUUGCUGAAGACCCUGAGAGAACAGAGCCCAGAGACUGCAGCAGCCUUGGUACAGGAAGGGCAGAAGGGACAGGAGUCAAGUCCCAGUCACCCAGAAGAGAAGGGACUGCAGAGCACACAUGCCAACCUGGCCCUGUCAGCAGUGCUGAAGUUAAAGAAGAAGGAAAAAGAGGAGAGGCAACUACAUACCCAUGGCCUGCCCCUCAGCCAGAGGAAAGGCCUGAGCCCAAGGGUACUGAAGACCCCAAGGACCUGGAGCCUGGACAUGGGCAACCGAGCAGCACAGCCAGGACCCAAGGAAAGCUGCUCUCUGGGCACCCUCUGGAGCCACCUAGCAAGUCUCCCCUUCCCACAACUGACUUGUCAACGUGGCCACCCACUUCUUCACAGCCACUAUGCCCCUGUGGCAGAUCCCUGCAGCAGGAGCUGCACAGCCUUGGUACUGCCCUUACGAACAAGCUGGACCAGCUUGCAGCAGCCUUGGCAGGCCUGACUCAGGAAGUGGCCACCAUGAGAACCCGGAUGGACCGGCUGGGAAGGCGCCCACAGAGCCUUGGACCAAAAGGCCAGGCUUCCUGGCGGUUGACCCUCUCCCGGAGACCUCGCUGGGCCAGCAGACUGGACCACAGACACUUACCCUACUGGAGGCAGAAAGGCCCCACCAAACCCAGACCAAAGAUCCUGCGGGCCCAGACAGAAGGCUGCAAGGCUGGUGACCGCCCAGGACUCUCUAGAGGGAAGGGCAAUUUGGUGCCUCAACUGCCUCCAGAUGGUUCCUUGGUAGAAUCUUCCAGGCCCACCUGUAGCUCAUCCCAGCAGAUCACAGUACCUGGAGGCCACACUGUGCUGACUGCACAUCCCCUUCUAGAACACACUGGUUGCCACCAGAAUCCCCUCUCCCCUUCAGUGCCUCCUGCCUUGGUCCCCCUUGUGGCCUCACCUGCAACCAGUGCAGACACAGAACCUCAGGCGGCUAGGGUGGCAGCGAUUAGCAUUCCAAACCAGCACAAGGAACCUAACAGCCUGCUAGGAGGAGCCCUCAGCAAAGACCUCUGGGGAGGUGACCACAGGGAUCCAAGGUGGGGGACCCAUUAACUGUGCUGUUCCUCUGCUCAGGCUUGUGAGGGUGCCUGGUGGGACCCUCUGGGGUACAGCCGUUGCAGGCUGCCUGUUUCCCAGGGGUUGUGUCUUCCUUACGGCUCAGCCAACCCUCUCAGUGCUGCUGCAAAUCUGACCCUUUGCCUCUGCUGUGCCAGGCUCCCAUGGUGUCUGCAUAGAGCCACUACAGAGGCAUUUCUCAGCCAUACCUCUGGCUUUCUUGGCUCAGGUUCAGUCAGCCAGUUGUUCUUCCUCUGUUAUCAGAGCCAUCUAGGUUCCCAGUGGGUGUCAUGCAUAGCGCACCUGCACAGAGCCAGCUGCAGGCAGCGGAGGCACCUUAAUCUGAUUACCUGCUCCCGAUCUCAAGGACACUGAAAGGCCAGCCUUUAUCUGUCUAGAGUGAAUACUUCACAGAUCUCAUUUAGGGAGAACUGAAUUGAUCCACAUGGAUUCUAAAACUAAAUAUAUUAGCUGCUAAGAAAAGGCCAUCGGCUUCUAUGGAAGGGUGCUCAGAGGGGACAGCACUUAGACAUGGUCGCCUGGAUUGUCACCAGUACAGUGAGAGUUAGGCAUGUUCCCUUCUUCCAUACCUACACCUCAAGAGAACUGAGCAUGUGCCGUGAGGCUGGUGCAGCAUGCCACAGGGCUCCUGGGGAAGAGCUUGCACAUCUAUCAGUCUCCUAGGGCUGUGCACAAGCGUUACAGGCUUAGUCUGGGCAGCUGAAACCAGGGGUCCCAAAUCAAGGUCUUGUCAGGGUUGGUUCUCCAGAGGGCAUCUGGCUCUUCUGGGGGCUGUCUUCAUGCUCACAUGGCAUCUUCUCCAAAUGCCCUUCCUGCCACAACACAGAUGUUUCGGGUGGCACUCAUUCUCACUUGAAUUUAAUCUCCAAAGAUUCUAAGGAACAUCACCUUCUGAAGUGCCAGCAGGGUGCACAGUAUGGUCAGCCUUUUGACAUUAUAACAUGGUGUUGUCAUCUAGAAAGUUCACAUUCAAGAACCAGACAGUUGAGAUUAAAAAAAAAAUGUUUUAAAUAUGUUUACAAGUUUGUGUUAGAUUGCAUAUGUAGUAUUUAUUCCUUAGCUACAAGCAGGUUAGGAGGGUUGCGGGUUGGCCAUGCCUAUUAGGAUUAAGACUUCAGCAUAUAAAUGAGGAGGAGGGCAACAUCUAGCUUACAAUACAGCUGAGACCUGGGCCGGUCUCGGGUUU